GCAGAAGAUCCUUGUUCAGUUGAUGCCCAACAAAAAAAAAUCCGCAAAGCAUCAGUCUCUCUCUCUCUUUCUAUUUCCUAAAAUCCAUCUAUUUCUCUCGAACCCUCUCCAAGUCUUGGCCUUUUGCGCGCCAUUGCCAAACCCAAAAGCCCGCACUCCUGCUCAGAACCCAAUUCAAAGCGUCGCAAUUUCUCGCUUUUCUGGGAAUCGGCUGUGUAGGAAGCAAUGAGCACCGAAAAGACGCCGCAGAAAAAGGAACGUCCUCAAAUAGUUAAAUUGGAUAAAGCUUUGGAUCUGGCUAAAAAAUGGCUUAGUACCAUGAGUGAACCUGCAGAAGAUGAGCCAUUUGAAAUACAGGCUCGGCCUGCUAGGCUUGGACUAGGUGCUGUAGCUCCCCGCCCAUCCAAGUUUGUACCUUCAAAUGAUCCUCUUGAAAGGAAAUUACAUUACAAGUUGGAUGCCGCAAGAAGAAAUGCUGCUAAAAUUGCAGAGGAGUCCACACUAGCUGCUAAAGAUGAUGAUGAAAAUGAUGAUGAAGAUAGCAGAACUAGUGCCUUUGCAAAGAAAAGACCAGCAGCUCCAGUAACCCCAUCGUUACGGGCGAAGAAAAGGCAGAAGUAACCAUUUCACCUUGUCAUGUAGGAAAAGAAAAUUAACCAUCUCACCUUGUCAAAAGUGAAUCUCUGGUGCUUUUGUUCUCUUUCAGUAAACCUCACACAAUUUUCGUUUGAGUAGACUUGACCGCGUUACGUAUAAAGUUAAAAGUACAAUCUUCAUGAGAAAUGCUAGUUUGUGUUUAUGUAAUUAUAUGAUAUGGGAGGCAAAUGAGCUGCACUGCACAACAUUGUUGUAUUAAUUCAGUCAUUUUCUUAAGACAUAAUUCUUUGAUAAUAUUAAAGAGGCUUGUGCGUUUGCCGAUAA